AUGGCCCCCGUAAGCACCACCAGUUUCGGCUUUACUUUUGGAGUCGCCGCACCAGAGACUGUGGUUCCAGUGGAAACCGCAGAGCCUGCUCCCAAGCGUAGAAAGUUGGAAGAUCAUGGCAACACGCGAGUACACGAAAGGACCCACGAGACCCGUGAUAGCGAACCCGCACCAAAGACAGAUCGCCGACCGAAAGCACGACGACGACUGGAGAGCUUAGAGGAAGAUGUUCAGAUGGAGGCAGAGACGAGCGCAAAAGACGAUAGCUUCUUGGCUGUUAAGAGGAAGACCAAGGCAAGAGCUGUGCCUAAGCCUCGUAAACAACAAGUGCUUUCAGUCGCGUCGCCUCCAAAGGCUGCUGAGGACGAAGCACCGAGUCGCAGGCCUAGAAGGCAAGCUGCCUCAAAGGCUAUAGACAAAGUGUCGCGGGGGUUCGUCGAGGAAGCAGGAAAUGUCGACAAGCUGCGACGAGGUCAGGACACGAUGCCGGCGAAACGCAAAGUUGUCAGAAAAGCUGCAGAAACGGUGGAAAUCGAACGACAGAAGGCUGUUGUUCCAAGCCAACCAUCGCGCAACGCAGAAGACGGGUCAACAAAGGAUGUAGCGCCAGUUUUGGAGCUCACGAAACCGAUACCUGACUCGAUCGAGCACGACGUGAAGAAACCUAGGCGGGGACGUCCCAAGCGCAAAAUAGUUCCAGACAGUCCCACGACUGUUGAGGCUCUCGACCAAGGCAACGAAACCAGCACUGUACGAUUGCCUCUGGCAGAAACUACUACAAAUCCGAUCUUACCCUCGACAUCCCCAGAAAAGCUGCCAAAACCAUUAGAUGUUGGCCAGCCAGAGACCAUCCAACAGAGAUCGCCAUUGCGUAUCAGAUCCCCUUCCAAGGCUCGAACCCACAGCAAAGACGUCGCGCAGGCGAAGCGCAAACGAUCAAAGUUCGUUGUUAACAAGGACCCCCCUGCAGACAAGGCUGAGCCCAACGUUGUUGGUGUUGGUGCAGGUAUGGAGAGCGAAGAUGUCCCAGGCAUAUCGGGGUCUCGAUCCAAGUCCACAGGCAAACGCAAAGCAGCUCCCGGUAAAGUCGAAGCGCGCGCUACUUGCGAUGUGGAUGGCCCUAGAGCCAAAGACCAGCCCAAGGUCAAGCCUAGUAAAAAGGGUGCCCAACCUGAACGGCAAACUUCAGGUACGGACGUGACAGCAGCUGAGUCUCAUGUACAGCAUGCAGAGUCAAAGCAUCGAGACUCGAAACGAGAGCGACAGCUUGUAGAGGCAACCAAAGGAGACGUCAAACGUACCGUUGCAACACCGGGCGAGCAGCUGACGAACGAGGAGGAAGGUGUCGAUUGGCUGCUCGAGAAUAACUACACGAGCAAGCACAUUCUCACAGGGAAGCAGACAUGCAAAAAUGUCAAGCGAAGGCCUCCCAGGAGCGUUGCAGAGUUGCCGGACGUGGAUCUUGACGACUUACUGUCGAACAUCGCAGCCUACGUCCCCCAGAGUUCACGCCCGACAACAGACAAAGUAAGGCGGCGAAGGUAG